AUGCUGCCAACAGCCGAACAACCCAUUUCACCAUUAGAUGAGAACCCAUUGGAUGAAAAUGUUAAUAAUCUGAAACUAAAAGCUUCUUCUGCCAAUGACAAAGAGGAUGGUAGUUACAAUUUGAAAGCAGUACAGCAAGAUGGAACCAUUGACGAUAACGAUGCUUUACGAAAACUGCUGGAUAUAGACAGAAUUUUUCGAUCUGUCCAUAGUGGACCAAUUCUCCCAGAACAUAGGUCUCCUUCCCCAAAUACUCGUGACGACUCAUCACAAGUAAUUGGUAAUCCUCUUUCAUUUUAUUAUUCCAAUGACGAUAAGGAGUCCCGAUAUGAUGAGGAUAGAUCCCAGGGACAACUGCUUGGAAAAAGCAAGUAUCCAGAAGACGAACAACAACUUCCCAACCGCUUUGAACUUGUGGAUGAUGAAGAUAUAAACAAAGCUCCACCGAGAAAGGAGUCGUCAAGACCUACACAUUCUCGUUCGGCAACUUUGAGUGGUUUUAUGCAGUCAAGAAUUUUAGGGAGAUCAACGUCCACUAAUCAAGAAAUGCCAAAUACUGAGCCCGAAUUUGCAAAUUUACAUGAUGCCUUGCACCCUAGAGAAGACAGCACUAAGAGUGGCAGAUUUAUAAAGACAUUGCGUCGUUUCAAUAGAAGAAAGACUAAAGAUAAGCGACAAAGCACCAUGACUGCCGAGUUUGAUGAGCUUAAUGACGAGUCUGAAAAUGCCACUAUCGAAAGGGCAGAAAAGUUACUAGCAGGUAUGUCCACUGGUGCUCCUGCAAUCAAUUUAAUGGCCUCGUGUCUAUUAGAAGAUGAACAUGGUAUAACCAGAGCCCCGUUAUUGUUGUCAGUGCUUGGGUUCAAGUUGAGCGACGUUACUCCAAAAGAGACAAGCAGAAACAGGAGAUUUAGAAUUGAUUUAGAAUACGGAAUUGACAAGCACAGAAUGAAAUGGAGUAUUGAGAGAAACGCCACUGACUUGGCUUAUUUAGCUUACAAACUCGAGAGAACAAGAAUUGUAAGUAGAGUUGUGGGAAACAAAUCUCAACCAUUACCCAGACUUCCAAUUCCACCAAUUCGAAAAUUGGAUAACAAAAGAAGCAAAAAGACUAAAAGUGUCUUAUCUGAUCUGCGUGCAAGAGACGACCGCAUGUCAGUACCAGAUAUUAACGAUAACCACUCGCUUUCACCAGUACCAUCAGCUUUGUCUAGAGUGAGACUGCGUUUGGGAAGUAUAACAUCAGUGGGCUCACUUGAAAAGCAUCCAGAGUUGCUUGAGCUCAGACGGAAAAAGAAUGCACAAUUUAUGAAAGAUGUUGAGAGUUAUUUGAAGGAAUUGAUUGAAAUUACAGAGUUAAAAACCCUGGCAAAUAUUUUGUUUACUUUCUUUGAGUUGUCACCGCUCUCGUCAUUAUUGAGUUAUGAAUCUGGCUAUACUGGUAAGCAGGGUCCAGUCCAUAUUGGGGGGACUGCUAAAGCACAAGGUUGGAGAGUUGGCCAUUUCAAAGUAAACGAUUUGAAAGGAAUCUACGAGAGAAGAGUUGAAAAGUGGAUGCUUGUGAGAAACAGUUACAUCACAUAUGUCUCGGAUAUUAACUCGACUACACCGUUAGAUGUAUUUUUGGUAGAUAGUGAUUUCAAGAUCAGUGCCAGAAACUUGGAGAUUGCAAACAGAGAUGAUGAUGAUUCAUUGUUUGACAACUCUUCCGUUGCCCAGCAACAAAUGCAUGAAAAUGAAAACAAGUUUUUCCCACAUUUGAAAAUCACUUUGGAAAAUAGAGAAAGAAAAUUAGUGAUGCUGCCAAAAUCUCAAAGAGAGCAUUCUCUUUGGAUUGACUCUCUUAGAACUAUGCAAAAUCUGACAAUAUGGUCCCAAAAUAAGAGAUUUGAUUCCUUUGCCCCAGUUAGAGAAAAUUGUUUUGCUCAGUGGUUUGUUGACGCUAGAGACUACUUUUGGGCUGUCUCCACUGCUUUGGAAAUGGCCAAGGAUACCAUUAUGAUACACGAUUGGUGGCUUUCUCCGGAAUUAUAUCUUCGAAGACCAGCAAAUGGUAACCAACAAUACAGAAUUGAUAGAUUGUUGCAAAGAAAAGCUAAGGAAGGUGUUAAGAUUUUUGUGAUUAUUUAUAGAAACGUUGGUACAACGGUUGCAACUGACUCAUUAUACACAAAACAUUCCAUAUUGUCUCUUGAUGAAGAGAAUAUUCAUGUUAUUAGGUCACCAAAUCAGCUUCUUCAAAAUACAUUCUUUUGGGCUCAUCACGAAAAAUUGUGUAUAAUCGACCACACAUACGCUUUCUUGGGUGGUAUAGAUUUAUGUUAUGGAAGAUACGACACGCCAGAUCACGCAUUAACAGACGAUUCAGGUGUUGAUUUUUCCAAUAUCGCACAGGACGAUAGAAUCACAGCAGAAAACUUUGCGAAUUUCCAAGUUUUCGUGGGUAAAGACUAUUCCAAUCCUAGAGUUAAAGAUUUCCUGGAACUCGAAAAGCCAUAUGAAUCCAUGUACAACAGAAAUAUUGUCCCUCGUAUGCCUUGGCAUGAUGUCCAUAUGUAUACAUGUGGGCAGACCGCAAGAGAUUUGUCCAGACAUUUUGUUCAGAGAUGGAACUAUUUAAUCAGACAAAAGCGGCCAAGUAGACUCACUCCACUUUUGUUGCCUCCAUCUGAUUUGACUGAAGAAGAGGUAUUAGCUCAUGGAUUGGAUGGUACAUGUGAGGUGCAGUUGUUAAGAUCAUCCGGAAAUUGGUCACUUGGUUUGAAAGAACACGAGCAAAGUAUUCAAAAUGCGUAUCUUAAAUUAAUAGAAACUUCAGAGCAUUUUGUCUAUAUUGAGAAUCAAUUCUUCGUAACAGCUUGUUUCAUCGACGGUACAGAAAUUAAGAAUAGAAUUGGUGAUGCGUUGGUCGACAGAAUCAUUCGAGCACAUAGAGAAGGUACUAAUUGGAAGGCUAUUAUUGUCAUACCUUUGAUGCCUGGUUUUGAAGCUCAAGUUGAUGAAGCAGAAGGGUCUUCUGUUCGUGUGAUCAUGCAAUGUCAAUAUAUGUCAAUUUCCAGAGGUGAAACGUCUAUUUUUGCAAAGUUGAGGAAAAAGGGAAUUGAUCCAGACCAAUACAUUCAAUUUUUCUCCUUGCGGAAAUGGGGUAGAAUAGGAUCAAACAGAACUUUAGUUACCGAGCAGUUGUAUAUUCAUGCAAAGACGAUGAUUGUCGAUGACAGAUCGGUUAUCAUUGGGAGUGCCAACAUCAACGAGAGGUCUAUGCGUGGUUUGCGUGAUUCCGAAGUUGCUGCAGUUGUUCGUGACAAGGAAAUGGUAAAGAGUAAAAUGAAUGGUAAGCCAUAUAUGGCAGCUAAGUUUGCUCACACAUUGAGAAUGAGGUUGAUGAGAGAGCAUCUUGGAGUUAACAUUGAUAUUGUUGAUGUGGUUGAAAGAAGGUUUAAGAGAUUUGAAAAUUUUGCUGCUUCAGAGGAAGGUAAAAAAUUCGCCACCAACAAGUUUAGAAACCCCGAGAACCGUACAUUGUCUGCUAUGGUAGAGAUUGCAUCGAGAGAUAUCUUGCAACAACCAGAGGGAACCAGAAGAUGGAAGGAGUUUAUCCAUGUGUCAAAAUAUGAUGCUGAAAUUGCCGAGGUUAACUUUGAGGAAGAGGACACAUCGUUACCUCCACCUCUUUUCUUACCAAUUUCAUUCAACAACCGAACAGGGCCAUUUGAAGCCAAUAAAGGUGUCCGUGACAGCAAGAAGCAUUCAUACGAUAACAGAGUUCAAAAUAGCGAGUCACAUAAAAAGGAUGUUUACGGUGAAGGGUUGGAUAAAUACAGGUCGAAGUUAGCCAAGAGAGCAAGGGUUAGCAGUGGUAAAUUUUUGAAUGAGCUUUCCCUCCUUGCCAUGGAAACUAAUCCUACAGGGUCGUUUUUGCCUGAUUUCGAUAGUGUUAGGAACUUUUUGGAGUCAGAUGAUUGUCAUAUGAGUGGAGAAAUGGAUGACGAAUCCGAAGAUAUCAUUGCAGAAAGAAAUAAGGAAAGAUGGAUGUUGCUCAAGAAAAUCUCUUAUUUACAAAGACUUGCCGCCAGAGAAAAGAGCAUGAAUGAUACAGAGAACCAAAAAAGGGCAAAAUUGGGAUUACCGCUCUUGUCUAAAACUGGAAAUGCUGUUAAUGGUAACGAAUCACAAGAAUUGCCUGUCAGUGCCACAUUACCUAUUUCCGAGGGAAUUGACACGGAUUUCAGUUUGGAUAAAGAGUUCCCUACUGUAUCUUUGAGUGAACCCGCUGCUAGAGAUAUCAUCAACAAUUUGACAACCCCUGAUGCUGCUGUAAGUAACUUUGUUGAUCCAUAUGAAUUUGAAGAUCCAAUUGAUCCUGAUUUCUAUGAAGCACGAUGGAAUGAAUUUGCAAGAAGAAACACUGAUAUAUACCGUAUGGUGUUCCAUUGUCAACCUGAUGAUGUGGUGGGUAGAUGGUCAGAGUACACACACUUUACAAAAUUACAGAGUAUGUUUAUGAAAGCUCAGGAUACAGACACCGACCAAGGUCAACUGGCAGAAAACUACUCCGAUGAAAAAGUCGAAGCUGGUGAUAACCAAGAACCACGACGUGCAAACAAUUCCAAACUAGAAAAAAUUGACGAAGCGAGUGAAGACGAGUAUGGUUUGUUAGGUAAGGCACCACCAGAGAGAGGUCUUGAGAAUCAAAAUAAACUGGAACAAGAGACCAACUUGAGGGCUAAACUUAGUCGUCGUGUUAGCACAUUUGCUGGUGUGACAGAAAACCGGGAUAAACAUUUUAGUGACAAAGCAGCGCCUAAAUCCGAGGGUGAACUUCAAGGUGGGGAAAAGACAAGUACAGAAGAAGAAGAAUCAGAGGAAUCGGGAACACCUACUGAUAAACCUUCUGCUACUGCUGGAACAGUACCAGCAUCCAAAACCAGGAAAAGGGCACGUACUUAUUUAGCUAGAAGAAAAAUUCAAACCGGUGAUGUUGUAUAUGAUAAGAAUUCAGCUGAGAGAUUAUUGAAUGCGGUGCAGGGACACUUGGUGUACUUUCCAGCGGAAUGGUUAAGCGUUGAAUUGCGAAACAAUAAUUGGUUCUACAACACCGAUAGACUUCCACCUAUGGAAAUUUACGAUUGA